CAUGGCUACAAGCCUAGCAGCUCAGCUGCAGCGUUUGGCGGCACCACAAACGUCGGUGCAGGUGGAAAGCAGGCGGACAGCAUCGAUCUUGUUCGAUGGCAAGGAGGCCGCCACGAAGGAUCGCGAAGUGAUCUUCGACAUCGGGCUGAGCGGGCUGGAAGAACUGAUCCAGCUGAACGGAGCGUUUGCCCGCUUCGAAGAGACUUUGUUCGACCGCAACGCGAUGGAUCUGCAGCGGUCCGUCGAAGACCAGACGCUGAACGAGAUGCUCGAUGCGAAUGUGCGCAAGUUCUUCUGUCACCUCAGCCCGUACUUUAUGCUCCAGCCGGCCCACAAAUGCUUGGAGUGGCUUAUCAGACGGUUCAAUGUGCAUCAGUUCAAUCGGCGAGACUUUGUCAAUUUUAUCCUCCCGUACCACGAGACACGCAUGUUCGUGCGCUGCAUCCAAACUCUCCGGUUCCAGCCAACGAACGACCAGCUGGCGUUUCUGGAGCCCAUCGGCAAGGCGGGUGUUCCGCCGUCGAAGCGUAUCAUCAUCGAACAUUUUACUGCGCAUCCAGAGUUUCUAAAGCAGUACGGCAAGUUCCUGAUGGAGGCAACCACCGAGCUGGGUAGCAAAGCGAACUCACUGCAGGCCAUGUUUGCCUUCUUCUGUAGCACCACGCUCGGCGUGUUGGAGAGUGUCGAGAGCGUGACGGAAAACUACGUGGUUGCGGUGCUGCGUCCGGUGGCAGCCGGGCUCGCGUCCAACGCGAUCGACUAUGCAUCCGCCUGCUACAUGAUCGUUGGCCAGCUGGUAACGAAGACGGCCCUGUCGGUGGAUACGCUGGAGUUGCUCACCAAACGGCUUUGCUGCGCGGAGGAAGGAACUCAGCGUUCCAACGCCGUCAUGCUGCUGGUGCUGAUCUUUCAGACGCAGCACGAGCGCCUGUCACCGAUUCCGAACAAGCUGAUGAAGCGCCUGAUCCGCACCAACUGGAUCCCGCAGGUCCUGAGCGAGGUGAAGGCUGAUGGUAUCGAUGUGCUCGUGUGCUAUCGGAAGAUUCUGGAGACGUCCCUCGGCGAGAUAUGCCAGUCGUUCCACUCGAUCGGAUUCUACAGCCAGAUAUGCGAGCAACUGUUGUUGGAGAUUGCGUUGACCGAUACGGAGGCAGAAGACAUCAUUCAAUGUGUGCUUGAUUCCUACAUUGGAACGGGGAAGUCGACGGCGGAGAAUAACAAACCAUCGCCGAAACCGAUGGACGACGAUGACGACGAAACGAUCAACCUGGACAGCGAUUCCGAGGAGGAAAAUUUCAAGAGCCGGCACGAAAAGGUCACCCGGUGGUAUUCGGACUUUCUAAAGAGCCUUGAAAGGCAGUACCCGACGCCGUUCGAUACGGUCGUGAAACGGGCCAUGAAAGGCCAGGAGCAGUACUCCCACCGGAAGCGGAACGCUUUGAAGAACGUUUUGGGUUUCCUACUCCAAGCCUCCUGCGAUGAAAACGAAGCGUUCGUGUUCGAGAAUUUGUUCCACUAUGACGCCGAUCGGCGAAGCCAUGCGGUAAAUUACAUCGUCGAGAAUUUCGAAAGGCUGACGUCGGAGGGACGCGGACGGUUGGAUUUGCUGCGUGAAAGUAUUAGCGAGCGACUGGACGACGACAGCUGUGCCGUAGUCAAGGAAGUGCUUAGGCUCAGCCCGGCUCAACUGUUGGCGACGGUGGGCGCGGACGCGUUGGUUACCAAGCUGAACCAUCUGACGCUCAAGUGUGCCGCGAAUCCGGAGUAUUGGAAACUGGUGACGCAUCGGGUGAUAGCGAUGCUGACCAACGAAAAAAUCUACACGAGCGUCAACAUAAACCGCGUGAUCAUUGCACUCUAUCCGUUGCUUUUCCAACUCGGCGAUGACCCAGUGGGGCAGAAGAACGUCGAGCUUUUGCUCCAGACGCCGUUUUCCAAGAAAUUCCUCGUUCCGGCGUUUUACGGUAGCACGGCGAACUGUGACAUCUUGCUGCGGACGCUGGAGGAAACGGGUCAAUGCACCAAUCCGGUGCAAGUGUGCUUUAACAUUCUGCUCCUCUCGUCCGCUCUCCCAUCGUCGUGCUCCGUCGAUCAGGCCGAUCGUGUGCUGCGUUACGCGCGCAAGCAACUGACCGGCCACCGGUUCCAGUACGCCAUGUCGUCGGACAUACAGUGCUUGAUGGCGGGCAAACUUCCGGUCGACCUGAUCACCGUGCCGAUCCGGCACAUUAUCGAGCGCAUCCGGCUCGACCCAACUACGGUCGACAUGAACUUCGACCGGCAGAAUGUGGCGUUGCGGUUGCAGUUGAGCAUUUUCAGUGACCUUCUCCAGCGCUACUGCAUCAUCGAUCCACAGUUCACCGAUCUGCGUUCGAUCUUCGGCAAUCUGCUGAAAACGUUCCUCACCCAGCUGUACCCCGAACUGGGUGCGAGGGUCGAGUUUCUGUCGCACUUUUAUACGGUGCAUCUGAUCGAGCGACCCAGUGAUCUGCCGGCGGAGGAGGAUUCGUCGAACUUUUCCAUCGGCCUGGAGCUGCAGGUUCGCGCAAUACGACUGACGAACACGAUGCUCGGGCAGAUGGUGGACCAGGGCUGCGAGAUCACGUUUAACGCGCUCACGAACGUGAUCCUUGCGCUUACGUCGGAAUGUUCGUUGGUGCGCGAGUGUGUGAUGAGCACGAUCAAGCUGAUCAUGCAGCUGGGAGCUGGCAAUCGGCUGUCGAAGCCUACCGGGGUAUUUUUGCGCUGUCUACUGAAGCGCCGCGAAGAGCUGUCGAUCGACGGGGAGCAGCUUUCGAUGGUCCUGUUCAUCAUGAGGGAAGGGGAAAAGGGAAAGACCAUUAAACCGAUCCUGGAGAGUUUCAUCGAGCGGCUAAACGACCCCAACACGCCGGCUUACAUUGCGGCCGGUAUCGUGGAGAUGGUGAAGCUACUCGAUGAUCCGCUUGUGCUGGUCCGACCGGCCACGAAAGUGGUAGCCAUCCUGGAGGCGGUCAAUGGCGACAAGGCGCGCCUCACGUUCGACCUGUACGAGUCGAAAAUGUUGCAAAUCCUGCUGGGAAGGUACACGGCGGACGUGACCGAGCAGGUGAUGCGCAACGAGAUCUGUCAGCGCGUCAUAACGGUCGCGUUGCAGUGCCACAAGGCGAUGGUUGUGCCGGGGCGGCGCAAACACUGCACUCCGGCGAUUCUGAUGAUCGAGGCACUCGCCGAUGAGCUUUUCGAGGCGCUGCCGAAAUCGUACGCCAAGCGCGUCCUGCUGCACAUCGUCGAAGCGGCCGCCCUGUCCGAGCACCCGGAAACGAACUCGGCCACGGCGAAGCUGUUCAAGGGCUGCACGAUCGAUGCGGCACUGGCGGUCGAUUUGGUGGCAGACAUGAGCAACCAAUCCUCCCAACCGACGACGGUCGGAUCGGCCAAAUCCCUACGCAACUCGAUCAUUGCCGUCGCACCAUGCGAGCGGGUGCUGUCCACCGCGGUGUGGAAACGUGGCGUGACGCUGUUAGAGCACCUGCAGAACAAGAAAAAACUGGAAAAUGCCCAUCUGCUGGUGCCGAAGUUGUUCGAGUGCCUCAAGUACUGUCUCGACUUUGAGGAGCAAUCGGUGGUGGAGUACGUGAAGCAGAUCAUACUCUCGCUUUUGCUGCACUGCAUCGUGAAGGUAGAACAACAGGUAGCGCUCGAGGGAUCGACAGACGUAGCGCGAGUAUUCGGCAACGUCGGCACCGUGUUCAAGGUGGAACAGAUCGUGCAGUGCAUUCGGGGUUCGCAGAAUCCUCAAACGCAUCAUCACGCGCUGCUGCUGCUUGGCCACGUGGCGCGAUACGUGCCCGAACAGGUCCUGCACAACAUGAUGGAAAUCUUCACUUUCGUCGGUUCCUCGAUCGUGCGACAGGAUGAUGCGUACAGCUUCCAGAUCAUUUCGAAAACCAUCGAGACGAUCGUGCCGACGAUUGCCGGUAGCGAGUCUUCGUCGCAAGAGCAGGUCAUCCCGAUACUGAAGAUCUUCUCCGACAUCAUCCUGGACGUGCCGGAGCAUCGGCGGAUCGCGCUGUACGUGAAGCUGCUCCAGACGCUCGGCGCCAACGAGUAUCUGUGGGUGUUUUUGGGUGUGUUGAUCGAAUCGGACGUUAUGAAGGGAGGACACAAGGCGGAGCAGAAAAGUCAGCGUGGCAAGUCGCGGGCGGAAGCGGAACUGGCGACGAGCGAGCUGUCCAAACGCAUGGAGGUGGCAUUGUUGAUUGCGCGCGAGUUCGAACCAACCGUCAUCGUUCAAACCUGCACGAACUUGAUCGACUAUCUGCGCGAGCUGCCGAUGGAACCGGAGAAGCGUAAGAAGGAGGAGGAGGAGGAGCUGAUGGAGGUGGACAUGUCCGAUACGGUCAUCUUUAACGUGAAGGCACACACGAAUCGUCACCUGCGGCACUUUAAGUACGCGCUGGUGCAAUUCGUCGGUGGGCUCGUGUCGUCGGUGUUUGUCAUCAACAAGAUCGCCCAGCUGAACAAGGAGGAAACGCUCGGCAUGAAGAAGUACUACCAGAAUCUGAUCGUCGGCAUCCUGACGUACGUGAAGGACCUCUCGAAGACGAUCGAUAGGCUGAAGGCGGAGAAAGCGGACGAAAAGAUUCCGCUGUACUGGCGGGUAAUGCUGACCUACUGUUAUGACAUUCUGGAAGGUACGAUUUCGCUUCUGUCGGCCGACACGCUUAUAAUCGUCGUGCACGGGUUGCUGAAGCAUCGCUUCCUGAUGGUCCGCCGGAAGGUGCUCGAGCUGCUGAACAACAAGCUGCAGUACAAGCAGGACUACUUCGAGGAACGGCACCAUCCGGGUUUGUUGCAACUGCUCGAUCCACUGAUGGAACUGGUGAAGCACUUGCACGAAGAGGAGUCGGUCGUCGGGACGACUAUCGAGCGGUCGGUGAUCGUACAGCUGUGCUACAUAUCGUUGCGCCAUCUCUCAAAGAUCCUCACACAGCACGCCACCAAGAAGGUCCAGUCGGUGCUGGCCGAUCUCGUGGCGGAACUGCACGGGUACAAGAAAAACCCCAACCCGCAGGUCCUCGCCUCGCUGAUCCUGUGCAUCGGUGAGCUAUGCAGCAAUCUUGGGCCGCACUCGAUCAACUUCCUGCCAAAGUUUGUCCCGAUGGUGAACAAGUUCCUCAAUGCGCAGCUCAGGUCGGAAGAUCCGGUCGAUAUGCUUACGUACAGCAUUGUGCUGCUGAUGGUAAAAAUAGUCGACACACUGUCGCGCUUCCUUUCACCGUAUCUGUGCUCCAUGUUGGUCGUGCUGUCGCAGCUUUAUGCCCUUGUUGAACAGCGCAACGACAGCGCAAUGUCGGCGAAUAUGCUCUCCCGACUGGCGCUGAUUUGGAACAACCUGGCGGGAACUAUCGCGCCGCGCGUGAUGAUCCCAGCGAUCGAGGAAAGCUACCAUGAGCUGGUGGGUGAAGGGGAACUGUCCGCGGUCGGGCCACUGAUGAAGCUUCUCUCGACCACGUUCGGCAAGCUAAAGUCAUCCGAUUUCACCGCCAUCCGAGGGGAGUUGGCCGAGCUAUUCCUGACAGUGCUCCAGUUCCGCUGUAAUCAAUCGGCCUCGGACAUGUUCACGCUGGCGGCGAUCGAUGCGACGGAAGCGCACGUCAUCCGGGCGUUCGUGGUGCUCAUCCUGAAGCUCUCGGAGAGUACCUUCCGGCCACUGUUCUACCAGGUGUUCGAGUGGUCCAUCCGCGAAUCGUCCAGCAACGAUCGGGCCAUCACGUUCUUCAACGUGUGCGCCCACGUGGCGGAGGCGCUUAAAUCGCUGUUCGUACUGUUCGCCAGCGAUCUGGUCACCAUCGCGGCCAAACUGCUGAACGCCACCAACAGCGCCAAGGUCGGCGACGGUGGCGAGGGCCACGAGGAGGAGUUGCACUUUGCGCUCGAAUCGAAAAAUGUGACGCUGCUCCGGUACGUACUCAAGACGCUGUACUGCAUCGUGCUGUACGACAAUCAGAAUUUCAUCAACGCCGUGCGCUUCGAUAUGCUGCUCGGGCCGAUCACAGACCAGCUGGAGAAUGGGCUAAUUAUGAACGUCACCGAGGUGCGCACACUGGUCAUCGAUUGUCUCGCCCAGAUGGCCGUCGCCGUGAUGGACGAUUCGCUCUGGCGUCAGCUUAACUAUCAGGUGCUGCUAAAGACGCGAAACAACGAGCCGGAAGUGAGAAUGUUCGCUCUGGAGGCCUGCACGGAAAUAGCGCGUAAGCUGGGCGAAAGCUAUGCACCGCUGCUACCGGAAACGAUUCCAUUCCUGGCGGAACUAAUGGAGGACGAUAAUGAGGACGUCGAGAAAGCGGUGCAUCACUCAUGCCGUGAAAUUGGCCGUGCGACGGGUGAAGAUUUGCAGAAAUACUUUUGAAAAAAAGUAGGCGCCGCCUAAUAGUAAGUAAGUGGUUGUCACCCCGUCCGGCUGACACGAAAUGGAAGGCUAUUUUCGCGCCCGCCUGUAAAGAAAAUGUACGGUACCGGGGUUGCAAGCUACGUUAAAUAGAACGGUACAAAUUUAAAGUGUAUAAACGAAGGUGAUACGCAGAAAAUGGGUGAAAAGAGUGUUGAGAAAAUAUCGUUUACGGAAUACGGUGCAUGCCGUAGCUCGGGGCAACGACAGGUGAGGUGAGUAAUUCAACGAUGGGAAAGUAAAGAAGGGAGGACGACAACAAACUUGAAUGUAUCCACAAACAUCGUUGGAAUGUCGUAAGAGAUAACAUGUUGAGGUAUGAUAAUGUGUUAAAUGUAUACCAUAGAUAAGGAUGAGGUUUUCAUAAAUAGGUUCCAUCGAAAAUGAGAGAAAAGUGUGUCACUGUAGAUGAAUUUUAAAAACAGUUUUCAUAUUUUCUUCGCUGGACAAUGAGAUCAUUUUCAUUUCAUUUCAGUACAUUUCAUGCAAAAUGAUCUGGUAAAUGAAAAAUAAACCUGGUUCAACUUUCGCAUAGCGGUCUUUGUAGCUUUGGACUUUUUUUUUCUAGAUUACUAUAUUAACAAUUUUAUCACAAAUUCAACGUUUAUUUCAAUCGCAAUCCAUGCAAGUACGCGGUUAAAUUUGUAUCAAGUUAAAACAUCC